AUGAUUAAAUCAAUGAAUUGGUUAUCAAUUUCAAUAUCAUUUGUUAAUAUAUUUGCUGGUAUUACAUCAAUCAUUUUACAUUACAAAAGUACAAAAAAUAAUAAACCACUUUUUGUGAUACCUUCAAUAAUAUAUCAACUUUUUAUUCUUGUAUGGUGCAUUGUUUGGAUAAUUGUUGGUUUUAUUACAAUAUCUGAUGGAAAUUUAUGGACUGUAGAAAGUUUAACAGGUCCAUUAUAUUUAGUUAAACAAAUUGAUAAAACUGAAAUACGUAAUUAUUAUUAUAAACCAGGAGAAAUUGAUGAAAAUACAUUAAUAUCUAUCAAAAUUGGCAUUAUUGUAAUUGCAAUUGCUUUGAUAGUCUUUGUACUUAAAAUAAUAAGUAUUGUAUCUAUAAAAGAAAUAUAUAAUGAUUUGAUUUAUUAUACAACAAAUAGAGUAACACAUCCAAAACAUCAUGAAAUGAUGAAAGAUGAUAAUAUUGAAAUGGAACAAUAUAUAUUACAAUGA